GCUGCGCGAUGAUGUCAUACAUUGAAGGCUUGCGCCGUGCCUCACAUUGGGCAGGGACAGGGUAGUUAAUGACUCGUUUAACACUAUGUGAUAAAUUGGCCAAUAAAGCGCUAGUAGUCUGAAAGUGAAGGGUGUCGGGUAUCGCGUCAUGAGUGCUAAGCUGUCAAAGCGCUCGGAAGUGACGCCAUCACCGGAAGAAUCUUGUGCAGAUUGUUUUGGUGUUAUGGCUCCAGCGUACGCUUGGUUCUGUCCGGUGUGACCCAACAUGGCAGAGCCGCAACGGGAAGGCGCUGAUUUUGUUGGAGCCCCUUGCAGCCUGAAUAUACCAAGCACACGGAGCGGGCCAUCGAGUCCUGGCAUCUUUGCUGGCUCCCGUUCCCCGCGCAGCCCAACACCACAGGAGCCUGUCAGCCGCAAAGGGGGGAAAUGGGUCCGACUAAAUGUGGGCGGAACAUAUUUCUUGAGCACGAAACAGACUCUAUGUCGGGAACCCAAGUCGUUCUUAUACCGGUUGUGUCAGGAGGAUCCCGACCUGGACUCGGAUAAGGAUGAGACAGGAGCGUAUCUCAUUGAUCGGGACCCUACCUACUUUGGUCCCAUCCUGAACUAUCUACGGCAUGGAAAGCUAAUCCUUGACAAGGAGCUAGCAGAGGAAGGAGUUCUAGAAGAAGCGGAGUUUUAUAAUAUUGCCUCAUUGGUGCGUUUAGUGAAGGAGCGUAUCCGGGACAAUGAGAAUAGGACCUCACAGGGCCCAGUUAAACAUGUAUAUAGAGUGUUACAGUGUCAGGAGGAGGAGCUCACGCAAAUGGUGUCCACAAUGUCUGAUGGAUGGAAGUUUGAGCAGCUCAUAAGCAUUGGAUCAUCGUACAACUAUGGAAAUGAAGACCAGGCAGAGUUCUUAUGUGUGGUGUCUCGGGAGCUCAACAACUCUACAAAUGGGUUAGUUAUUGAGCCCAGUGAGAAGGCAAAGAUUCUUCAGGAGCGAGGCUCUCGAAUGUGAGGUGUAGGAAUAUUCAGGUUUUUUUGAAAGCUCUGAGGCUGCAACCAAAAUCCUUUUUUCUUGUGGAGCUCAUGCGCUGUAUUGCUGAUGCAUUCCUGUUACCCUCAGCGGGCCUUAAUAUGAGGGGAGUGCACAGUGUGUCCAGACUAAGACAAGUAAUUAUACCAGCUUGUUGCCUUCCCAAAAGCUGCCUGCCCUUUUUAUUGUAUAGAAUUUGGGGGUAUUUUAGGGUACACCCACCUGCGUGGGGUCUGUUGUGUUUUAUUGUUUAUAGUGUUUUCUCUGUGGCCUCUAAUUGAAGGAGCAAGUCACUUCUGUUGUGCUUCUUUUACAAAUGGACGACUACAAGGCAGAUGUUUAGUCUCUCUGACUUGAAUGGGAAAUCUCUCUGGAUCUUUGCCAUGAAUUAUAUUUCUUUAUGACCGUUGCCAAACAGUUGAACUUCUUCGCUCCAAGAAUGGGCCUUUGUCCAUAGUCUAAUGUUCUGUAAAUGCAGUGCUCAAUGUGUUUUUAAGAUUAGAAGAAGUGGAAUCUUAAUUGGAUUGGAGUCUAAGGCAGCCUUCUGGUGUCUAUGCAUGCAAUCCCAUAACCUACAUACUAUAAAUUCCAGUUUUGUUGAGUGUUCUUUGUAUGAACUUAAGCUAUCUAACUCUCUUUUAGUCUGCAUGAUCUGACGUAGACAUUUCAGGACCGAAACAGAGGUGCUGGUGGCUUAUGUCGUGGAUACUGUGGUUGUGUACAUUUUUCUCUCAAGAAUUGUCUUUGCCAAAGUUAAUGUGCUCAGUUGUUUUUAUACAUAUCCCUAUUUAGCAGAUGUUUAGUAGCAAACCUAGUAUUGAUGACGGCAAAAGAGAUGCUUGUUCAACAUGUGCUCUACUGAAUUGUUAUAUGUUUGAAAGCAAUGUGUAUUAUCUAUAGCAAGAGACCUCCUGUAUUAAAUUAAUUCAUGAAGGUAUAAGAUAAGUGAUGAUUUCUAUCAAAAGAAGCAAUUAACCAGUUUUAUUAACUAGCGGCUGUCUACAUUAAGAUGUAUCUGCAACAAACAUUAACAGUGGUAAACCCUGAGCUUUGUUUCAUGGGUCAGUGAAGUAACUUAUGAUUGAUUCACUGGUUAUUCUCAAGUUAUACCACUACAAGACUUAAGUUCCUCUGCCAUCCCAUGUUCAUUGAAUAAACCUAGUCACCAGGGAGUGGCAAGGUGUGCAUUUUCUCUUGCCAACUCCCCUACCCCAGCUGCUGCAUUUAUCAUUGGUAUUUUACAAAAGGUCUCAGUUACUGUAUGAAGGCCUGCAACAUGUUACGACGUUCUUGGUGAAAGAAGCCAAAUGGUUAAUGAUUUAAUUACAUACAUUAGAUGCAUGGUUCGGAGUGUGACGCCUGCAAUCCAGUGUUGAUGAUUGUAAAAUAAUUCGCUUAAGACAUCCAAAGGCAAAAUAUUAUAUUAUUAGUACUUUGCUGUCUGUGAUAAGAGGUAGAAGGGCUUUGAAACAUUUAUACGUAAGUAGACAAUGCAACAAAGAAGAAAAAAAAAAGCUGCAAGAAGAGUGCUGAGCUGUAUAACUAGAGUCAUUGGUAUCAGAAAAGGGAGGUGGUUGUGCCAUUUUAUAGAUCUCUUGUAAGACCUAAACUAUUGUAUUGUGAACAGUUCUAGAGAUCCCAUCUCCAGAAAGGUAUUUACAAAUGAGGGCUAGUAAAAUGGUGAAUGGUUUGCAGGAUAGUUAUUUAAAAAAAAAAAAAAAAAAAUGGCUAAGUGAUCUCAAUAUGUGUAGCUAGGAGGGGAUAAGGCAUAGUGAUAGAAACAUUUAAAGAGUAGAAAUGUUAGAACAAGAGGUCAUAAACUAAAAUUAGGGGGUCAGAGGCUUAGGUGUAUUUAAAGGAAGUUUUACUUUACUGAGAAUGAUUGUAGAUAAGCAAUUUAAACAUGAAUGAGUGAGAAAUAUGUCUAUGAUUACAACAAUGGGCAGGCCAAGCGGGCUAUAUGGUUACAAUCGGACAUUCAAAUUCUGUAUUUCUAGGUUUUAUGCUGUGGGCGUGUAGACGUGAAUAGCGUUUAUGGAUAUCAAUGUAAUAGUCAUAUAGGAUUUUGGAAACAAUGUGAACUAUGUUUAAAACUUCAUUGUAAUUCAUUUUUAAGUUACACCAUAUUUUCAUAGAAAGUACAGGGGCACACAGAUGAGAUUUCAUAUUUCUUAACUUUAUAUUUUGCAGUUUCAUACACAAAGAAACCUAUGUAAAUGUUAACAGAUUAAAAUAAGCAGUAUGCAUGUAUUAAAAAAAAAAACACCCAUUUGUGUAUAACAUGCUAAAAUGUAUCUUUUCUGAUGAUCUGCAUGAUUAUUCCUGCCCAUUGUUAUCUCCUACCUGUUGAGAAAGAAAAUGUAUCAAAUUAUACCAUUUCUAUCUCUGAGAUUAAGAUGUGUACAAGCUUGUGAGACAGACAGAUAUUUUAUGAAAAUAUAUCAGAAAUCUUUUUUGAGCUGUUACUGAAUCAUAAAAUAACUUUUAUUAUAUUAAAGUUAGACAAGUGAUUCAUUUUGCUCAUUACUGUAGGUGUAAAAUACUAACUUUCAAUCAGCUCAAUUUCAAUACUUUUCUGUUUUCAUUAAAAAAAAGUUUUAAAUCUAUAGCACAACAUUUACGAAAAGCUAAGCUUGUGAGGUGUUUUAAAAAUGUAACUUUAGAAUCUCAUUAAAUGUGAUGACAUAAUAAAAACAAUGAAACAGAAAAA